AAGGCCACAGGACCCUAUAAAGGCACCCAGGGAGCCAGGGCUGCACUCAGCCCAGCACAGGGAGGCACCAUGAAGUCCCUGGUCCUGCUGACCCUCUUGGCCCUGCUCACCCUUGGCCUCUGCCGCAGAGCUGCCGAUGGCUCUGCCAGCACCCAGGACUCGCCCAGCUCCGAAGCCUUUGUCUCCAGACGUGCCAGUGCCGAGCUGGUGCAGAGGCAGAAGCGCAAUUACGGCUAUGGCAGCAGCGCCUCGGGAGCCCCGCGGGACCCGCUGGAGGCCAAGCGAGAGGUGUGCGAGCUCAACCCCGACUGCGACGAGCUGGCCGACCAGAUCGGCUUGCAGGAGGCUUAUCGGCGCUACUACGGGCUGGUGUAGCCCCAGCUGAGCUCCCACCAACCCGCAUCAGCCCCCUACACCUUCACCCUCCCACCCUUCCUGUUAGCCCUGCA